AUGGCCGCCGACACUGUGAUCAGACGGCGACAGAGACGCCACGACGGAUCCUUUGAAAAGAUCACCCCGUGGGAAGGGGAUGACAAAGAAGAGCCAAGAUACUACGGUAGUGAUCCUGAGAUGUCGGAGGUCACGCCUAAACGCCGUCGUAUGUUCUCGCGCGGCAACACUGGCUCAGAUCGGAUUCGCCAUCACAGGCGGAAGCCGUUGGCUAGGAAUUGGAGCAGGGCGAGGAAGCGUGUCACUGCCGUCACUGCUUGCAUCAACACCUUCACCCUGGGAUACAUCAUCGGCCAGUAUGCUGGCGAGGUGCCUAAGAUCCAGUACCAACUGGCCGACCAGCAGCAUCGGGUCAUCCUUGGAAACGUGUUCCUCUUCAUCGGUCUAGCCAUCUCCACCUUUUUCUUCUGGCCCUUACCGCUGCUACAUGGACGCAGAACCUACGUACUGGCAGCACUAGCUAUUGCCCUCCCUCUACAAUUCCCACAGGCGUUGGUCAUCAACACGCCCCGCUCACCGACCGUUGUAGCCUACCGUGUGGGCUUACUGCUUCCGAGAGCCAUGUCUGGCUUCUUCCUCGGCUUCGCAAAUGUCAACUUCAUUACGACCCUGUUGGAUCUCUACGGCGCAUCACUUCAAAGCUCGAACCCACAUCAAGAGCUCGUCAUCAUCAACGACGUCCGACGCCAUGGCGGUGGAGUAGGCCUGUGGCUCGGUCUAUGGGUUUGGUGCUUCAUCGGCUCCGUCUCGUUGGGCUUCUUGACCGGCGCUGGAAUUAUCGCGGACUUGAAUCCAGCCUGGGGAUUCUACAUCAUCAUGAUUCUGCUGGCUUCUGUUCUCUGUCUCAACAUAAUCGCUCCGGAGACGCGCCGCUCGCCCUAUCGUCGCUCCUUCACCGAGGUUGUUGAUGCUGAAGAUAUAGUCCACCGGAUGGUCGCUCGUGGGGAGGUCAAGUUGCACAUAUCUACACAGCCGCCGAAGUACUGGUUCGACGAAGUUUUCGCUGGUAUUAGGCUCAACUUCCGGAUGAUGUUCCAGCCUGGCUUCUUCAUCUUGGCAUUGUACGUCGGAUGGAUCUACGCGAUGUUCAUCCUCGUGAUCGUCCUCCUCGGCGCCCUCCUCUCCCGCGAAUACCGUUGGUACCCCCACUUCGUCGGGCUAGGCGUGAUGUCUCUCGCAAUCGGCGCCUUCCUCGCAAUCCCCCUCACCAAAGCCGGGCUCUUCAGCCGCGCCCGCAAAGCUGGCCCCCGCACCGACAGCAUGACCUUCCAGAAGCGCAUAACCUGGACCUCGCACCUCGUGCGCCGCGUGCUCUUCAUGUCCGCGCUCCCCUUCGUCGGCAUGGCUUACACGCUGCUGUCCGCCGGCAAGCCACUCCACUGGAUGUGGCCGAUCUUCUGCGCGGGGAUCAUCGGGUUCUUGAGCAACCUCGCAAUCGCGGAGUGCUAUGGCUUGAUCAUGGAGACGUUCGAUACGAGUGACCUCCAGCCUGGCGCGAAUAGUCGGCAUAGACUGCAGAGCAUGGCGUCGGAUGUGCGGCGGCGUCGGACCAACUACAGCUCCUUCCCACGCGUCACGGCGGGGAUCAUGGUGAGCCAGACCUUCGCCUUCCUCCUCGCAGCGGCCGCGACAGGGGUCGGGGGCGCGGUAACGCGGAACCUGGGCGCGCAGACCGCGACGGGCAUCACGGCGGGGAUAUUGCUGGCGCUGACGGUGCUGUUGACGGCCGUGCUGUGGCGCUGGAGCAAGGUCCAGGUGAUUCCGAACCAUGCGUUUGGAACGAGGAGGAACACGAUGAGUGAGGCCAAGGUCAUGCAGGAGGACUGGAAGCCGGUUAUCAUUGGAAAUCCAUCGGGGAAGAUCCGCAGGAUGAGUUUGUUGGAGUUGGGAGGGCAGAGUCGGUGGACGGAGAUUAGAAAACUGAAUAAGCUGAUCAAGGAGAAGGCGGUGGCGUGA